AUGAAAUUCUUCAAGGAAAGUGAAACUCCAGACGAUUCUUCAUCUGUAUUUUCAAGUUCUGAUUCCAUGUCUCAUAAUUCAGUGAAACAGAAAUUACCAAAUUUGAGAGUUUUGAAAUUUUAUCAAUUUAUGGUUAGCCACAAAUUUAUUAUUGCAACCUAUAUCGGAGUUUUUAUUAUUCAAACCGCAAUAUGGGCUAUCGUUGGUGGAAUUGAUGAGAUUUUAUAUUCACUCAAUACGGAUUUACAAAAUAGGAAAAGGUUUUUUGUGAGUCCAGGAUUUUUUGAAUUUAAAAUUGGAUGCAGUUUGACAAGUGGAAUUUUAAUUGUAAUCUUGAUUGAGUCAGUGUUUUAUAUUGCAGCUGAGGUGAUUACAUUGAUAAUGUGUAUUAGAUCUGAUAGAGAUACUUGGUCAAUUAAGAAGGAAACUUUGAUUUAUGUCAUUGUUCAAUCAAUUGGAAUUUCUCUAUUUGUCAUUUCAUCAUUUAUUGAUAUCAUGUCAAUAUUGGUUGAUUAUUUCGUACCAUAUGCCUUGUUCAUGUUUGGAGCUCUUGCUUUGGAAACUAUCAUUUGUGUGCUACUUCCUGUGUGUUAUGCUAUUAGAAAGGAUUUCCACUCAACACAUCACAAUCCACAAGAUAGCACUCUGGAAAGUAUUUUGAAAAACAAGAAGGGAUUCAAAACAAUUCUCGAUUUUGCUCGUAGAUCCUAUUGUCCAGAAGCAGUUCUCUGUUGGUCUGAUAUUCAGAGAUUUAAGGAUUGUAAGAAACGUGAGAAAAAGCUUGAAAUUGCCAAGUAUAUUAUUGAGCAUUAUUUGACACCUUCCAGUUAUUUAGAGUUAAAUAUGCCACAAUUGGCAAAUGUCAAGGAGGAAUUAAGUUUGAUGGUGAUGGGUUCAGCAAGUACAGUUUCUAAUGAUGUAUUCGAUAUGAUUGAGAAUCAUUGUUUGCAGGAUUUGGCUGAUUUACAGCAUAGAUUGGUGAGCAGUGAUAAAUUUAUCGCAUCAAUGGUGCAAGAAUUGAAGGAAUUACAAAGAUUGAAAGCAAGCUGUGAAGAGAAGGUAGAAGAAACUUUCAAUGUUGAAUUGGAAAUUUAA